AUGUUCUCAUCGGUCUAUUGCAAUGAAAGUAGUGCGCAUCAUAUGGUAACACCAGGGGACAUAAAGUUCGUCAUAUUCACGUCCUACAGCGACGCAGCAGGAAUUAACGCAGCGCUGAAAGCUGGUGAGCCGUGGUUACCUUGUAGGAUGGCUCGUCGAGAAUCUAUUUUUAUGGUUUCUAUUGACGGUGACGUACGUGAACACAAAACGAUAAAUGUCCUACAUUGCCUACCGAAAAAAAUGUUGAUGACUCUGAAUGUUGAUAUUUCGAUUGGCUUGAGCCCAGGCACAGGCUCGACCAUGGAUUGA